GAGUGACACACAGGUGAUUAUUCAGAUUUGGGCACGAGCAGCGCGUGCGCGUCAUCUCAGCGCGCUCCAGUGAGUUUGAGCUGCAGCCGUUUCAUUCCGCUUGCGUCUGUUUGACGUGAACACGCGGCAUAUUCAGCCCUCAUAACUGAAGAGCGCUAUUAAAACAAAGUUUCAGAAACUCUAGAGUGUUUUGCUCUCGCACGCACACAGACAGGGGUUUGGUCAGGAUGGGCUGCUCAUCGUCCAGCACGCAGACGCUCGCGCAGGAGAACCGACCGGGCGUCAAAGCGGAGGAGGCGCGCGGAGAAACUCUGCUUUCUCAUAAUGGUAUUGUAGCAGAAGACAGUGAGACCGUCUCGGAUCAGAUGCUGGAUGAGAUGGAUGCCGGACCGGAAGAGACGGUGGAGGACGUCCAGCCUGAGGCCUCAGAAGCAGAGCAGCUAAUGGUCAGCGCUAGUGAUGCUCCUCUGGAGGAGAGAGAUCCAGCAGACGUUCCUGAAACAUUAAGUCAUGAAGCUCCAGCUGAAGAGCAGCGAGAUGCUCAUACUGCAUCAGAACCCAGUGACACUACAGCUGCAGAACCCUCUCUAGCUGUGGAACCAGCAUCAGAUCUCAGCAGCACUCCAGCUGAGCUAACUGCAGCUCCAGAAGCACUGUCAGACGUGAGCUCGGAACCCACACUAGAGCAAGCAAACACAUGUCCUGAAGCGACACCAGUGCAACCAACUCCAGCUUCAGAACCAGUUCCAGAGGAAGUUAGCCCUGUUCCUGAACUCACUGUGUCUGAGCCUGUCCCGAGUGCAGAAUCAGCUUCUGCUGAGGAUCCGACUGUGUCUCCGGAACCCACUGCAGUGGAACCAAGCCCAGCUCUAGAGUCAACUCCAGCUCUAGAACCCACAGCCGAGGAACCAAGUCCAGCUCAAGCGACCGAAGAUCCGAAUCCAGCUCCAGAACCAACGGCUGAGGAACUGAGUUCAGCUCCAGAACCCGCAGCUGAGGAACCGAGUCCAGCUCCAGAACCCGCAGCUGAGGAACCGAGUCCAGCUCCAGAACCCGCAGCUGAGGAACCGAGUCCAGCUCCAGAACCCACGGCUGAGGAACCGAGUCCAGCUCCAGAACCCACGGCUGAGGAACCGAGUCCAGCUCCAGAACCCACGGCUGAAGAACCGAUUCCAGCUCCAGAACCCACGGCUGAGGAACCGAGUCCAGCUCCAGAACCCUUGGCAGCAGCAGUGGUCUCACAGGCUGCAGAGGAGAAUGCGACCUGCGCAGACGCUUCAGAAGGAGCCGUUGAGGAGAUCACAGCAGAUACAGCUGGUGAGACGCUCCUGCAGGGGUCAGAGUGGUCGGUGAAGAUGGAGCUGAUCUGAAAUCCACAGAACCUGCAGAAUGAUGUCAAUGUGUUGUUGUGACGCUGGAAGACGUGCCUUUUAUUUCAGAGGAUUUGGGCUUCACAUAUGUUUGUACAUAAAUUAGUGUUUCUAAGUAGCAUCAUCAUCAUUAGCAUUGUUAUUAAAAGCCUCUGAGAGCGCAGGGUCCCGAGGGUAACCAGCUGAGCGUGGGACGAAUGUUUGUGCUUCUGGAUAAAAUCACUGCAUCAUGUCCUCAUCUUCAACUGAGUCAAACACAAAAGCAAUAUUAACUCAUCUGAACAAACACGAGCCAAAACUCAAUAACUGUGAGUCAGCCAAAUUAUGUUUAAUAAUGUGUCUUUAAAUGGGUCAAAAGGGCCUUGUCUCUUUAUGUAUUUAGUGUAUUCUUCUCUGCAGAUGCAAAGCAGCUUGACUCUUUACUUGCAUUAAUCAAUGACGCAGAAAGGCACACAUAGUAUAUUAAUCAAUAGUAUAUACUGUUGGGUUAUUUUAGUACAGUUUGUGGUGAUUGAUAGUUACACUUAAACUCCAGAGGACUAAUAAACCUCAUCAUAAUAAACCUGGCUUUAACCCAACGAUUCAAAUCGCUUCAAGUCCUGAAGAUAAGCAGUUGCUCAGUAAAACAUAUCAGUGUGUGAAGACAUGAAAGUUGAGCUCUUUAUAUAAAUAAAUCAAGCUUUUAAUGAACUGUGACAUGAUCUCUGCACAUCUCCUAUAUGUAUCUUUUUUACAUUUAUAUGUGCACAGAAUAAAUAGUUAUUGUUACUAAUAAAAUAA